GAGAGGAGGCCACUAAAACCCUACGUUACUAAAACCCUACUUUUUCCAGGUUUAAGUAAAGGUUUCCGGGGUGGAGUUUUAGGUUUUCAGGUUUUUAGAGAGCGCCUCUCUUUUCUCUUCAAUGGCUUCUCCGCCAGCAGUAGCAGCAGAGACGAUCGAGAAAGCCACAACAGCGCUUCUCAAGUGGCAAGCUUCGAAAUCAAAUGGCCAAAAGCCCCAACUCCUGAAUCAAGACGAAGAUCGAUUCAUCUACCUCAUCCUCACCCUCAAGAAAAUACCACCAAAAGGCCGCACAAACCCCCACAAAAUCCCACUUCCGCAUCCACUUCACACCCCCCCAAAUUCCGAGCUGUGCCUCAUCGUCGACGACAGACCAAACUCCCAUCUCACCUCCCAAGCAGCAAAAACCAAAGUGAAAUCUGAAAACAUACCUGUUUCGAAGGUUCUGAGUCUCUCCAAGCUUAAGUCCAACUUCAGGCCUUUUGAGGCCAAGCGGAAGCUCUGUGAUUCCUAUGAUUUCUUUUUGGCGGAUAAACGGAUUGUGCCUUUGCUCCCCAAGCUGUUGGGGAAGCAUUUUUUCAAGAAGAGAAAGAUUCCGGUGGCGGUGGAUUUGGGUCACAAGAACUGGAAGGAGCAGAUUGACAGGGCUUGCGGGUCGGCUUUGUUAUAUUUGAGGACCGGGACUUGUAGUGUAGUGAGGGUGGGGAAGCUGUCUAUGGAGAAGGAGCAAAUUGUGGAGAAUGUGGUUGCCGCCAUUGAUGGGGUUGUUGAGUUGGUGCCAAAGAAGUUGGCUGGGGUUCGGUCGCUGCAUUUGAAGUUGUUGGAGUCUCUGGCUUUGCCUGUUUAUCAGGCGGUGCCAGAUAUGAGAUUGAAAAUUGAAGGAGUUUUGGAGAAGGAGAGCGAGGAGGUGAAGGAGGAAGAGGAGAGUGGGAGAGUUGAGAAAGGAGAAAAGAAGAAGGUGGGAAAGAAAGGGAGGAUUCAUGAGGUUCGCUACAUGGAUGGUGAUGUUGGUGGACUGUUGGAAGAGGAUGAGUUGGACGGUGAUGGGGACGAAGAUGAUGAUGAGGGUGACAAGAGUGCAGAUGAUGAGUUGGGUGGUGGUGAAAUUGUCGGUAAGAAGAGAAAGAAAGAAAAAACCAAGAAAGAACAGGCCCUUAGCGAUUUAAAUGGUGAGAAACCAUUGAAGAAAUCAAAAAAGGUGAAGAAGGAAGAUGAGGAGAAACAAAAGAAAAAGAAAGAUAGGUUGAAUGUGAAAUCUGGAGAAAAAUCUGGUGGAAAUAAGAAGAAGGAUAGAGUUAAUAAGUAAGAAAUAUCAUGCUGUUGAACUUCUUUUUGUAACAGAUUGAUCUUCCGGAAUUUUAAAUUCAGCAUUGCGUUAUAACCAAGUAUGGUUGUUUUCUUGA